AUGUCGAUUGACGAUGUGCAACGUCACAUCACAGUCGUGACAUUGGGAAGUCCGGCUGCUUACCUUUUUCUUCGUUUGCUCCAGAAGGCGACAGUCAUCACGCACGAGCCUAGGAACCAUACAAUUUGUUGGAUCUUCCUUUCAAUCUAUAUCAUGUGCACUGCUGCAUCUCUUACCAUGUGCAUUGCCGCAUUUCUCCAUGAAUGUGAUUUUGAAGAAUACUCCUAUAGACGUCUAAUCGAGUGCUGUCUCCGUAAAAAUAACGAGCGUUGUCCACCAGAGUAUCAAGAAGCCAUCUCCACCUCUGCUCUCCCACCUACAUAUGAAGAAGCGAUCGCAUCUCGCCCACCUGGAUACACUCCAACCAGUACUCCACCCGUCGUUAGUCCCUCCCAAUCAGCUGUCAAUAUCACUCGCAACACCGUGCGUUACAACUGCUACCAAGCCGAGAUGGAGGAAGCUGAGACUAUGUUCUAA